AUGAAUUACCUGAGAAAAAUACCUUUACGUAUGGUUGCUAACACAGUCCUGCGCCAGCAGCAAUGCAUGUCCAGCGGUACAGGUGCCAUGUCAGCACUCACUGUCCUCACUGAUGAUGAGCGCGUAAUGAAGGAGACCGUUGCCAAAUUGGCUCAAGAACAAAUCGCUCCACUUGUUAAAAAAAUGGACGAGGAACACAAAUUCGAUCCCUCAGUGGUGCAGGCGGUUUUCGAGAACGGUUUAAUGGGCAUUGAGGUUGAUCCAGAUUUGGGCGGCAGUGGUUGCAAUUUCUUGACCACCAUACUAGUUGUUGAAGAGCUGUCAAAGGUUGAUCCGGCCGUUGCUGCUUUAGUUGAUAUCCACAAUACUUUGGUUGUCUCUCUAAUGAUGAAAGUCGGCAGUGAGGAGCAGAAAAAGAAGUAUUUACCCAAGUUGGCGCAAGAAUAUCCUGGCAGCUUCGCUUUGACUGAGCCGGGUGCUGGUUCGGAUGCAUUCGGUUUGAAAACUGUUGCCAAAAAAGAUGGCAAUCACUACGUGAUUAACGGCACAAAAAUGUGGAUCUCCAAUUCCGAUGUGGCUGGCGUCUUCCUUGUAUUCGCUAACGCCAAACCAGAAGCGGGCUAUCGCGGCAUCACCGCAUUCAUUGUGGAUCGCGAUACACCCGGUCUAAUUGUGAAUAAGCCUGAAGACAAACUGGGCAUACGCGCAUCUGGCACAUGCAUGAUAACCUUCGACAACGUACGUAUACCUGAAGAGAAUUUACUGGGUGAAUUCGGUCAUGGCUACAAAUAUGCUGCUGGUUUCUUAAAUGAGGGACGCAUCGGUAUUGGCGCACAAAUGGUGGGACUCGCGCAAGGCUGUUUCGAUCACACCAUACCGUAUCUCUUGGAGCGCAAGCAGUUCGGCAAGGAGAUCUAUGAGUUUCAAUCCAUGCAACAUCAAAUCGCCACGGUGGCUACCGAGAUUGAAGCGGCACGUUUGCUCACCUACAAUGCGGCACGUUUGCAGGAGCAGGGCAAGCCGUUCCUCAAAGAAGCCGCCAUGGCCAAGUUCUUCGCGUCAGAGGUGGCGCAACGUGCCACCAUCAAGUGUAUUGACUGGAUGGGUGGCGUCGGCUUCACGCGCGACUUCCCACAGGAGAAAUACUAUCGUGAUGUUAAGAUUGGCGCCAUCUAUGAAGGCACCACCAACAUGCAGUUGAGCACAAUCGCUAAAGUGAUCAAGAAGGAGUACGCCAAGUAAACUAGAAAAGAGAUGUGAGAAAUGAUGGCGUUACAACAGCUUGUUUGUUGUAUGCCAGUUAGAAGGCAGGUGCAAUAUCGUAACAGAAAUCUACAGUGCAUUUAUUAGUGUAUUGUUUGUGUGAUGCUGCAAGAUCAAAGUCAUGCGCUCAAUACCAGAUUAACUUG